UUAUCACUUCCAUACAGGCAAGUAUUUUUGUGUCAAAAAGUCGCAAUUGACGUAACAUCUCUUUUAGUAGAAGGAUAUAUUUUAGGAAUUUUCCGUAACUAAGUUCCACCACAGUGCCUAGACAUGUCUCUUGUUCGUUCCGUGAGCUCAAUUGUCCGGUUGGCCAACAGAAACCAGCUGGUCCAAAAGUGCAUGGCAACACGGACGGUGCACAGCGAAACACAGAGCUCGGAGUCGACUGGCUCCGGGAAUCGUGAAUAUGCUAAAUUUCCGGGGGCGAAAGCGGCUUUCACCUACAAACCGACGGUUUCGUUACCGCAGAGCGUAAAGCCGAUCCCAAUUUACCGUGUAAUGAAAUCCGAUGGGGGUAUCGAAGAACGCGAACAGGAUCCGAACUUGGACCGCGAAACGGUCCAGAAAAUGUUUCGGGAUAUGGUGCUUUUGAACACGCUGGACAAGAUUUUGUACGAAUCACAGCGACAGGGGAGAAUCUCGUUUUAUAUGACUAACUACGGUGAGGAAGCCAGUCAUAUUGGCAGUGCGGCGGCAUUGAGUCCCGACGACUGGGUCUUUGGACAAUACCGUGAGGCUGGUGUGCUUGUCUGGCGUGGUUUUACGAUAUCUGACUUCGUUAACCAAUGCUACGGAAACAAAGAGGAUGAGGGGAAAGGACGCCAAAUGCCCGUUCAUUAUGGAUCGAAAAAGUUGAACUUUGUGACGAUUUCUUCGCCGUUGGGAACACAGAUCCCGCAAGCCGUGGGUGCCGCCUACGCGUUCAAACAGCAGCCCGAUAAUAAUCGUUGCGUGAUCACAUACUUCGGAGAAGGGGCAGCAUCCGAAGGGGAUGCCCACGCUGCUUUUAACUUUGCGGCCACUCUGGACUGCCCGGUUAUUCUGUUCUGCCGCAAUAAUGGUUUUGCCAUUUCGACUCCCGCCAGUGAGCAAUACCGGGGAGAUGGAAUUGCCGGUCGCGCUGCUGGAUACGGUAUUGCAGCGUUACGAGUGGAUGGAACGGACGUUUUUGCGGUGUACAAUGCGACCAAGGUUGCACGGGAAUAUGCCCUCAAGCAUAACAAGCCGAUCGUUCUGGAGGCGAUGGCUUACCGUAUCAGUCAUCACUCUACUUCGGAUGACAGUACUGCGUACAGACCGGCGGAAGAACUGGAAGUUUGGAAUACGAUCGAGUAUCCGAUUGCAAAGUUGAAAAACUACAUGAAAAAACGACAGUGGUUCGACGAGAAAGAGGAGGCAAACAAUCUCAAAGCCGUCCGGCAGCAGAUUCUGGCGCAGAUCAACCAAUCGGAGAAAAUUCCGAAACCGGACUGGCGUGAGGUGUUCCAGGACGUUUACCACGAGAUGCCACCCCAUCUGAAGGAGCAGCUGAAGCAGAUGGAGGAACACGUGGAACAGUUUAAAGAGCACUAUCCGGUGAACAAUUUCAAAAAUUGAUGCUGCGCUUCGGAAUGAGAUUCUGAUAUAGGCGGUUGCUUAACGCUGUGACCGGUAAAAAGUGCAUUUAUUUUUUGUAGAAUAUAGGAUUCGUCGAAAUGUCUUCCAACAAUGUUUGUAUAAGGAUACGGACAAUAAAAUUUAGUUUUGCUAAUUUGUUUUGUAAUUUGUUAUAAUU